AUGGCGGAUGUCUGCGCCUUUAGACGCGUCAAUACCCCUAUUGAUCACCAAACAGACGAAGACUUCAACAUUCAGUCACAGGAACGGGCCAAUCUCUUGUCUGAAAUCAAGGACGCAAUUCAAUCUAGUACUGUGAAGGCACCUCUGUGGGCAUGUAUGCAAGUAUGUGACAUCUCAAAGUUACGAGAACUUGUAACAGCCGCACGAAACUCACCAGCCAUAUUUUCUCUCUUUAAUAACACUUGUUUAUCUAUUCCUUUGCGUUGGAUGCAACAUCCUCCUCUUGAUCAUGUAUCAUCAACGCCCUCAACCCUUUCCUCCGCUGAAAUUUCUGCACACUCGGACCAAAGGCAUCGACGUGUAAAGCCAAAAACACUCGCGAAAGAACGUGAUCGAUAUUCGUGUGCCAUCACAAAAGGAGAGGUCUUUGAAGUGGCGUAUAUCUUUCCUCACUUCAUGAUUAACACGAAACUGUCCACCAAUCUUGAUGCCUCCAUCCCUCCUUUUUGGAAUUUACUCGAUGUCUUCUUUGAACCGGACCGGCUUAACCGAUGGCGUGCAGAAAUAUUCAAAGACCCCUCAAACCCUGACAAGUCCACAGAUGGCUGCCAUAAUAUGAUCUGUCUCAGCCCUACAGCACACCGUUUGUGGGCAAAAGCCAUGUUUGCGCUGCGGCCAGUUUCCUUGUCCGACGAUCGCAAGGAACUUGCUCUUCAGUUUUACUGGCAGCCCAGGCCAUCCCAUGGCCGCUUUGAUUCUGUGAACAUUCUUGAAUCACCAGGUUCAUCCAGAGAUCUCGUUAGAGUGGGGGCCAACGUACUCUCAAUUGCCGCCGAUGACAAUGCGACCUCUGCGGUCGCUAUCAAGUCUGGUCAUACCUUUGUCUUUCGAACUACCAAUCCUAAUACCCAUCCUCUCCCAAGUUUCGAAUUGCUCGACAUGCAGUGGCACCUUCAGCGAAUAGUUUCAAUGUCCGGUUCUGCUGAAAUCUAUGAUGAAGAUAACGGCGAUGACGAUGGAGAUCACUUGGAUGCUGGUAUCAUCCACAAGACCUUCUCGGACAUCCUUGCAUGGGUGUCUACACCGUUGUCUCACUCGGGAAGUGAUGACGAUUUCUCUCGUUCACCUGCUUCAAUCAGCACUUAUCCUUUAAGGACCAUAGAGCGCCCGAGCAAAAAUUUAUUCUGUUAA